AUGGAACGUCAAGAAGUCCUCACAGAACGCCACGCCGGAGACAUCAAGAAGUCCUACAGGAAACUGGCUCUGAAGUUCCACCCAGACAAGAACCCAGACAACCCCGAGGCUGCUGAUAAGUUUAAGGAAAUCAACAACGCCCACUCCAUCCUGAACGACUGUACCAAGAGGAACAUCUAUGACAAGUACGGAUCCCUGGGACUGUACGUGGCCGAGCAGUUUGGAGAGGAGAACGUCAACACCUACUUUGUCCUCUCCUCCUGGUGGGCCAAGGUAAGACAACGUCUCGUCCUCCUGGUGGGCCAAGGUAAGACAACGUCUCGUCCUCCUGGUGGGCCGGGGUAAGACAACGUCUCGUCCUCCUGGUGGGCCAAGGUAAGACAAGGUCUCGUCCUCCUGGUGGGCCGAGGUAAGACAAGGUCUCGUCCUCCUGGUGGGGCCGAGGUGAGACGACAUCUCGUCCUCCUGGUGGGCCGAGGUAAGACAAGGUCUCGUCCUCCUGGUGGGGCCGAGGUGAGACGACGUCUCGUCCUCCUGGUGGGGCAAAUGUAAAUGUAGUGAUGGACGCGGGGCGGUGAUUAGUCCCCGGUAAAUGUAGUGAUGGACGCGGGGCGGUGAUUAGUCCCCGGUAAAUGUAGUGAUGGACGCGGGGUGGUGAUUAGUCCCCGGUAAAUGUAGUGAUGGACGUGGGGGUGAUGAUUAG